AUGCUGGACAAGCCGAUUCUCUUCAUCAAGGUCGUGGUGUACGCUUUCGCCCACUUUGGACGAGUAUGGCAACGCGCGAUCACGAGAUCCAGAGAGAGAUGGGUAGCUUUAUUGUCUGGAGGAAUAAAAGCCGCCGAGACUAGAGAUCUCAAUAUUGUCAUCGUGGGAGCCAACUUCGCGGGAUACCAGGCCGCCAGAGUCCUUGCCCUGAACCUGCCGCCCAACAGCCGAUAUCGGGUUGUCGUCGUCGAACCGAACUCCCACUUCCAAUUCACCUGGGUUCUCCCCCGAUACUGCGUCGCAAAGGGCCACGAGCACAAGGCCUUCAUCCCAUACGGCCCCAACCUGGCCGGUGCUCCGGAGGGCGCCGUCCACUGGGUGAAGGACCGAGUCGCGUCGUUGACCAAGUCCCAUGUGAAGCUCCAGGAUAGCGGCGAGGACAUCCCAUACGAGUACCUCAUCAUCGCCACCGGAUCCGCCGUGGAAGAGGGCCUUCCUUCGCGAACCAAUGCCACCGAAAAGCUGGAGAGCAUGAAGCGCCUGCAAGCCAUGCAGAAGAGCAUUGAGGGUGCCAACAAAAUCGUUGUCGUCGGAGGCGGUGCUGCAGGCGUCGAAGUCGCGACGGACGCCAAAUCUAUGUACCCAGAAAAAACCAUCGUCUUGGUUCACUCCCGCAAGGCCUGCAUGCACCGGUUCGGCGAGGGCUUGCAGAAAGCAGCUCGCGAAGGAUUUGAGAAGCUGGGAAUUGAGGUCAUUCUGGAUGAGCGUGUCGUCGGCGAGGACAAGGAGGCCGGCACGGUAACCCUUCGGUCCGGCAGAGUGAUUGAAUGUGAUCUUUUUAUCAAUUGCACUGGCCAGAAGCCUGCGUCAGGCAUCCUGAAGGACCUUGCCCCAGAAACAGUCACAGAGUCCGGCCACAUCAAGGUUAAGCCCAGUCUCCAGAUCGACAACGACGAGUUCCCCAACAUCUACGCUUGCGGAGACGUCGCCGACACCAAGACUCCAAACCCCAACGGCCGGUCCGCGUACCGACAAGCAGAUGUUGCGUCCGACAACGUCCUCCUCGCCAUUCGCGAGAAGAAGCCCAGAUUCACCUUCGAGACCAGCUUUGCGGAUGGAAUUAUCGAGUUGACGCUUGGCAUGGAACGUGCUGUGAUACAUAUCGGCGAUGGACAGAAGGAGCUGUUGUGGGAGUCGAAGGAAAAGGAGGAGCUGAUGGCGGGGCGCUGUUGGCUCAACCUGGGCGCAAAGCCUUAUGAGGAUGAUUCGGUUCCGCAAGAGACGACUGCGCCCGAGGCUGCCAAGAUGACGGAAGCGUAA